AUCAUCCUGGCUGUUACGUCGUUUCCAUGGUAGCAUGUACACGGAUCUGAUCCACACGCUACCGUAACCCUACGGUAUCCGUUGUAAAAUCCUUACACUAUGGCGACAACAUCCGCAAAGAAAAUAAAAGAUGCUGGUUGGUUUUACCAUGCCCCGGCUAGGAGGAAGAAUGUUGAGCCAGUUCUGGUGCCGCCUACCUCCCAGAUUCCAGGACUCAAUGAUCCUCUGGAGGGUGAACUGAUGGGGGACCCAGUGAGGCCUCUGUACCGUGACACGGACACAAAAUAUAUACGACUUGCCAAACAGGGUGGCAGGCAAAAUUUACUUCAGUUCAAAGAGAAUCCAAAAAUGUCAGAGAAGCCUUGUGUGGGAUACCCAAGAUCAGAAUGGUUUUAUCUGGAAGACAAUGCUAUAGAGGAUGCUGCCACAGAACCAGAUAUGAGUAAAUAUGAGUUCCGGGUCCCAGAAUAUAUGGCCCAUGAUGUUCACCAAGCCUCAAGAGAUGAAAACUACCUAAAGGCAGGGCGCACUCCAUACGCAUAUGACAAGCUGUCUGCAUACGACAGAGAGGGCAAAAGCUUGAAGGAUAAGACCAUUAAACUACCAGAGGUCAAGAGGUCAGGGUAUGGGGUGAGGAUUGCCAAACCUCCCAGAGUAAAAUCCCAUCCCCAAGAACGCACAAAGCCUUCAGAUGUCGCCAAAAUAUCACAGCUGGAGCGAGAAAGACCACAUCUGAAAUAUCUACCUUUACCAGAAGAAGAGAAGGACAAGGCGAAGAUGUCCAAACUGUUGUCAUUUGCAUAUGACAAAGAAUGGCAAGACCGAAUCAACAGGUGGCAGACACAGCAGGACAAAGUCCGAGACAAACACCGCGCUAUGGUGGCUGCUGACACCCAACUCGACAAGGAACCAAUUAACACAGAAUACAGAACAACCAUCGGCAAACAACUCGGCAGUUCCUAUAGACGAUCCGAGAAAGGAAAGAAACAAGGUGAACAGUACUAUUCAACACAAUCAAAUCCAGAGCAACAAAUCUGUGAUGCUGGUACAAAGGAAAUGUCCAAGAAGGAAAAAGAAUUGUUUAAAUUGACCAGAUUUAAGAACAUCCCUUCUAAGGUUGACUCUCAUAAUGCUGUGAAGGACGUCCCUGUAGUCACCGCUCAUUGAUUUAACAUGUAUUUUUGAAACAAUUUAUCCCUUGAAAUUAAAACAUAUUAAGUUAUCUGACAAUGACAAAACACUUUAAAGUGAUAUAAAAAGGUAAAGUGAUAUAAGAAAGAAUUCAUUAUCAUUGUCAAAUAUUUCAAAACUUUUAACUUCCGAUUUGUGAUUCAAAACAUAAAUUCUGAUGAAAUAUUAACAAGUGCAAUAUAGAUGAGAUUCUGUCUUGUCUCAUUUGUAAGCCAAGUGAUAAAAUUAAUAUAUUUGUACUUCAUUUCUCUUAAAACUUUCUUCUUAGUUCAUAAUUUCAUGUAUUGGUUUAAGCCAAAAAUACUGUAUGUGUGACAUUAAGCAUGGACAUACCAUGUGUAGCAUGUUUGCACUACAUGUAAGCAAGGAUUUCAUGUCUUUUAUUUCAAUUUCCUUAAAUUUACUUAAUAUUCUAAAAAAAGUGCUGAUGCAUUGUAUAUUUUCAUAGUUUUUACUAAAGAUAGUACCUCGUAAUUCUUUGUUUGUUAGUCAUAUUCAAAUAUUUUUGAUUUAUAUCUAUUUUGACACAUUUAGAAUUUGAUUUUUGCUAAAUAGAUGUAUAAAUUAUUCAACAUUUAAAAAUGAAUUUUCAAAGAAUUUGCUGAUAAAUGUGUAUUUUUAUUCAAAAUAUGUAUUUUAGUACCAGCUUUCAAGCCAUUUGUCAUUUAUAUGCUCUCUUUUGUUUUGGUAUCUCUUUUUUUAUGUCAUUGUUUUGUUGUUCAUUUCUACCCUUGUACAUAUAACUAAAGCCAUUAUCCUGAAAUAGAGACAUAUGUUGUUGAAAUGUAGAAUAUUUUAAGAGACCAUUGGCAGAUUUAGAGUCCAUCAAAGAUUUACACUGAAUUCUACACAUGCAUAAAUGCAUGUAAAAUGAAUUCCUUGCAAAGGGAAAUAUUGAAAACAGCAAAAUUCCAAGGCCUUUUUUUCUGCCAUUGGUUUCUACUGCACGGAAAAUCCUAUGGAGCCAGAAAGGCCUUGUGGGAAAGUCUUUAAUUAUGCAUAAAAGUUUUAUGCAUGAAGCUUUCAAUUUCUACCAUAUCAUUGUUAUGAAAUAUUUAUAAAUUAAUAAUUUAUGUGUUUCAUUAUCGUAAUCAAUGAAUAAUACCAAAAUCUCUUUACUCAGGGACAUAUAUAUAUAU